AUUCCCCGCCUCCUCCUGUCCCGCAGUCGGCGUCCAGCGGCUCUGCUUGUUCGUGUGUGUGUCGUUGCAGGCCUUAUUCAUGGGCUCACCGCUGAGGUUCGACGGGCGGGUGGUACUGGUCACCGGCGCGGGGGCAGGUGAGCAUGCGAAGGUUGGAGGCCGCGCCCCUUGCUGAGGCGCAGCUGGCUGCUCUUUUCGGGCCGGGAUACGCGCGCAGCCGCAGCUGAGGUCACCCCGCUGAGGUGGUGGGGAGGGGAAUGGUUAUUCUUGAGGCACCGCAUCUCUUGAGGAGGAAAGAGCCGGAAACACCUGGUCUCUCAAGCAGGAUUGGGCCGAGCCUAUGCCCUGGCUUUUGCAGAAAGAGGAGCGUUAGUUGUUGCUUUCAAAAUCUAUGCAAUAACCCUAUGGAGAAGAUCAUUUCACAAUGCAGAUUCUUUGUUUCAAUGAAUGAUUUGGGAGGGGACUUCAAAGGAGUUGGUAAAGGCUCCUUAGCUGCUGAUAAGGUUGUUGAAGAAAUAAGAAGGAGAGGUGGAAAAGCAGUGGCCAACUAUGAUUCAGUGGAAGAAGGAGAGAAGGUUGUGAAGACAGCCCUGGAUGCUUUUGGAAGAAUAGAUGUUGUGGUCAACAAUGCUGGAAUUCUGAGGGAUCGUUCCUUUGCUAGGAUAAGUGAUGAAGACUGGGAUAUAAUCCACAGAGUUCAUUUGCGGGGUUCAUUCCAAGUGACACGGGCAGCAUGGGAACACAUGAAGAAACAGAAGUAUGGAAGGAUUAUUAUGACUUCAUCAGCUUCAGGAAUAUAUGGCAACUUUGGCCAGGCCAAUUAUAGUGCUGCAAAGUUGGGUCUUCUGGGCCUUGCAAAUUCUCUUGCAAUUGAAGGCAGGAAAAGCAACAUUCAUUGUAACACCAUUGCUCCUAAUGCGGGAUCACGGAUGACUCAGACAGUUAUGCCUGAAGAUCUUGUGGAAGCCCUGAAGCCAGAGUAUGUGGCACCCCUUGUCCUUUGGCUUUGUCACGACAGUUGUGAGGAGAAUGGUGGCUUGUUUGAGGUUGGAGCAGGAUGGAUUGGAAAAUUACGCUGGGAGCGGACUCUUGGAGCUAUUGUAAGACAAAAGAAUCACCCAAUGACUCCUGAGGCAGUCAAGGCUAACUGGAAGAAGAUCUGUGACUUUGAGAAUGCCAGCAAGCCUCAGAGUAUCCAAGAAUCAACUGGCAGUAUAAUUGAAGUUCUGAGUAAAAUAGAUUCAGAAGGAGGAGUUUCAGCAAAUCAUACUAGUCGUGCAACGUCUACAGCAACAUCAGGAUUUGCUGGAGCUAUUGGCCAGAAACUCCCUCCAUUUUCUUAUGCUUAUACGGAACUGGAAGCUAUUAUGUAUGCCCUUGGAGUGGGAGCAUCAAUCAAGGAUCCAAAAGAUUUGAAAUUUAUUUAUGAAGGAAGUUCUGAUUUCUCCUGUUUGCCCACCUUCGGAGUUAUCAUAGGUCAGAAAUCUAUGAUGGGUGGAGGAUUAGCAGAAAUUCCUGGACUUUCAAUCAACUUUGCAAAGGUUCUUCAUGGAGAGCAGUACUUAGAGUUAUAUAAACCACUUCCCAGAGCAGGAAAAUUAAAAUGUGAAGCAGUUGUUGCUGAUGUCCUAGAUAAAGGAUCCGGUGUAGUGAUUAUUAUGGAUGUCUAUUCUUAUUCUGAGAAGGAACUUAUAUGCCACAAUCAGUUCUCUCUCUUUCUUGUUGGCUCUGGAGGCUUUGGUGGAAAACGGACAUCAGACAAAGUCAAGGUAGCUGUAGCCAUACCUAAUAGACCUCCUGAUGCUGUACUUACAGAUACCACCUCUCUUAAUCAGGCUGCUUUGUACCGCCUCAGUGGAGACUGGAAUCCCUUACACAUUGAUCCUAACUUUGCUAGUCUAGCAGGUUUUGACAAGCCCAUAUUACAUGGAUUAUGUACAUUUGGAUUUUCUGCCAGGCGUGUUUUACAGCAGUUUGCAGAUAAUGAUGUGUCAAGAUUCAAGGCAAUUAAGGCUCGUUUUGCAAAACCAGUAUAUCCAGGACAAACUCUACAAACUGAGAUGUGGAAGGAAGGAAACAGAAUUCAUUUUCAAACCAAGGUCCAAGAAACUGGAGACAUUGUCAUUUCAAAUGCAUAUGUGGAUCUUGCACCAACAUCUGAUACUUCAGCUAAGACACCCUCUGAGGGCGAGAAGCUUCAGAGUACCCUUGUAUUUGAGGAAAUAGGACGCCGCCUAAAGGAUAUUGGGCCUGAGGUGGUGAAGAAAGUAAAUGCUGUAUUUGAGUGGCAUAUAACCAAAGGCGGAAAUAUUGGGGCUAAGUGGACUAUUGACCUGAAAAGUGGUUCUGGAAAAGUGUACCAAGGCCCUGCAAAAGGUGCUGCUGAUACAACAAUCAUACUUUCAGAUGAAGAUUUCAUGGAGGUGGUCCUGGGCAAGCUUGACCCUCAGAAGGCAUUCUUUAGUGGCAGGCUGAAGGCCAGAGGGAACAUCAUGCUGAGCCAGAAACUUCAGAUGAUUCUUAAAGACUAUGCCAAGCUCUGAAGGGCACACUACACUAUUAAUAAAAAUGGAAUCAUUAAAUACUCUCUUCACCCAAAUAUGCUUGAUUAUUCUGCAAAAGUGAUUAGAACUAAGAUGCAGGGGAAAUUGCUUAACAUUUUCAGAUAUCAGAUAACUGCAGAUUUUCAUUUUCUACUAAUUUUUCAUGUAUCAUUAUUUUUACAAGGAACUAUAUAUAAGCUAGCACAUAAUUAUCUUUCUGUUCUUAGAUGUGUAUCUUCAUAAUAAAAAAAUUUUGCCCAAGUCCUGUUUCCUUAGAAUUUGUGAUAGCAUUGAUAAGUUGAAAGGAAAAUUAAAUCAAUAAAGGCCUUUGAUACCUUU